GUCUCUGGAGAUUGGGUCCCCUUUUGUGGCCCUGACUCUCUGUACCCUGGAGUCCUAGAGCCCAAUAAAAUUGCUGCUUCCCAGCUGUUUUGACCACAGGAAGGUUUCUGCACUGCCAUAGGGCGCCCCCCUGAGGCGGCUUCACUCCCCCACCAUGUUCCAGCGUCUCACCAGCCUCUUCUUCAGCAACCCCCCGCCCACUGAGGACCCCGACUGCCCCCGAGCCUACGUCUCUGAGGAGGAUGAAGUGGAUGGCUGGCUCAUCAUUGAUCUGCCGGAUAGCUACGCGGCUCCACCCAGCCCCGGGGCCGCCCCUGCCCCCGCAGGCCGCCCUCCGCCCGCGCCCUCCUUGAUGGACGAGAGCUGGUUUGUUACCCCUCCCGCCUGUUUUACUGCAGAGGGGCCGGGACUCGGGCCCGCCCGCCUCCAGAGCAGCCCCCUGGAGGACCUCCUCAUCGAGCACCCCAGCAUGUCCGUUUACGUCACCGGCAGCACCAUAGUGCUGGAACCUGGGCCCCCUUCCCCGCACCCCGACGCUGCCCUGCCUGACGGUGACCUUAGCGAUGGGGAGUUGGCGCCCGCCCGCCGCGAGCCCCGGGCCCUGCACCACGCUGCCGCCCCUCUGCCGGCGCGGGCUGCACUGCUGGAGAAGGCGGGCCAGGCGCGGCGGCUGCAGCGGGCCCGGCAGCGGGCCGAGCGCCACGCGUUGAGCGCCAAGGUGGUGCAACGGCAGAACCGCGCCCGCGAGAGCCGUCCGCGCCGGCCCAAGCACCAGGGCAGCUUCGUCUACCAGCCGUGCCAGCGCCAGUUCAACUACUGAGCGUCCGCCGGCCGCACCACAAACCCCUCGCCGACACCUGACCCCUGUCGGGCCC